AUGACGUCCACAAUGAAGAUCCGUCACGGAGGUGUGGGAGGCUUCUCCAGUCGAUCGGCUGGUGGCAGCGUGGGGACACGGCGCGUGGUGAGCAGCUCCUCCAGCACGUACGGUGGCGGCCUGCGCGGAGGCCACAGCAUCAUCGCCGGCGGCUGCUACGGGGGUGGCCUCGGGUACCAGAGCAACUACGGCCUGGGCAUGGGCAUGGGCCUGGGCGCCGGCAUCAUCCACGGCAGUGACGAGAAGCAGGAGCUGCAGGGCCUGAACGACCGCCUGGCCGGCUACAUCGAGAAGGUUCGCAUCCUGGAGCACGCCAACAAGGAGAUCGAGAUCAAGAUCAAGGAGCUGCUCAAGGGGAAAGGUCCAUCCAUCAAGGACUACAGCGUCUACUACUCGGCCAUCGAGGACCUGAGGGCCAAGAUUCUGACCCAGACCCUGGAGAAUGCCCGGGUCAGCCUGGAGAUCGACAAUGCCAGGCUGGCAGCCGAUGACUUCCGUUCCAAGUGGGAGACGGAGCUGGCGCUGCGCAACUCGGUGGAGGUGGACAUCGCGAACCUCAAGUGCCUCCUGGACGAGUACAACAUGGCACGCAUGGGGCUGGAGGGAGAGAUCGAGGCCCUUCGGGAGGAGCUCAUCUUCAUGAAGAAGAACCACGAGCAGGAGGUGCUGGCGCUGCGAGCUCAGAUCGCCGACACGUCCAUGUCGGUGGAGGUGGACAACGUGAAGGGCGCCGACCUGGCGCGCAUCCUCGCCGACAUCCGGUCGCAGUACGAGGGGAUGAUCGCCCGCAGCCGCGACGAGGCGGAGGAGGCCUUCCGCAAGCAGCUGGAAACGGUGAAGCAGGUGUCGGUGCAGCAGAACCAGGUGACCAUCACGGUCAAGACAGAGCUGCAGGAGACGCGGCGCUCCAUGCAGGGGCUCCAGGUGGAGCUCGACUCCAUGCGCAGCAUGAUCCGCUCGCUGGAGGACACCCUCGCCGACACGGAGGAUCGCAACGCGCGCGACCUCUCCGGCUACCAGAAUAUCCUGGCGCGGCUCGAGGCCGAGCUCACGUCCCUGCGCUGCGACAUCAACCGGCAGCUGAAGGAUUACGCGGACCUCCUCAACAUGAAGAUGAAGCUCGAGGCCGAGAUCGCCACCUACCGUCGCCUGCUCGACGGAGGGGACACCAAGCUCGCCAACAUCACCGCGGGCCAGGCCCCGACGGUGCUGCUUCCCUCGGGCGGCUCUUCCUCCACCGCCAACCACGGCGGCUUCUACACCACCGGAAGCAGCGCCGGAAUGGGUGGCAGCUCCAGCAGCACGAUGACCAUCACCCGCUCGUCCUCGGGCAGCCAGGUCAACUAGAGCAGCGGACUCGCGGCACGAUGUCCACGAGAGGAAGGUGUCAUCGGUUUGCAGACCGCACGAGCCGAGGGUGACACGUGGCUUGCAUUUGCUUGAUCUUAUUUUUUACAUAUAAACUCUCUACAUCUCGACUCACACGGCGCGUCGCAACGGCAGCUCACACACGCGCCACAUCGGUGACACGAGGGGAGGGUGGGACCCGAGAAACGAUCAGCUCUUGUAGCUAAGCACGUAAGGGUUUGUCCUGCGGUGUCCGACAGCAGUUUUAACCUUCGUGAAUCAUCAUAAUUAUCGUUUUCAAAAUACUUUAAAAUCAAGUCGAUUUGAAGUGUUUUUUUUUAAACAUAAUUAACGGAUCUUCUAGCCCAUGUGGCAUAGUCGGUGGCACACAGGCUCGGUGUGUAGCUGCAAGACAAGAGCUCUAUUAAUCACGACGCGUUGGGGCACAUUCGUCGGCUUUCCGUUUCUAGCCUUCUUCGAUCCGAGGGGCUGGCCAUGAGAUGGGACUCUCCUACGCCACUGGGCUCUGUUUUGGCCGUUCUUGCGAAUCGUUGUCCCACACCGAGCCCUGCUCCAGCAACAGUGUCAUCAAUCCCAGCCCUUCUGAGUCAGCCUCGGCCUCUGUGUCUGAGACGUGAGUCACCAUCUUCUUCAGGAAGCCUCCGGGUUUCCGCAGGACGUAUCCCAGGAGACAUCAUCUCCGGAGCACGGCAGUAUUUUUUCGACAUCGACACGCCGAGGCGUUUUGACUGAAGCGAGGGGACAUCGUAGCUUUUGUCAGCCAGGGAGAGGGUGGAGGUGUACCGUCAUUUGUGAAACUCAAUUUAAAAUACGACCAUUUAAGAUGAGAGCGGUUUGUUUUUAUUAUUUUGGGCUGCGUUUUUAACGGAACCAAGCCAAGAUAUCUGAGAGUUCGGGUCAAUGCGUGUGUGGAUGUUUUCCAGUUUAAAAACCGUCGGCUACGACAAACUCAUCCGCAACACGCCCCAUCUCAGCAGAUUUCGGACGCCGAACAACAUUGAGCCUGGAUAGCGCUGGCAAAGAUAACCAUCACCACCACCACCGCUGUGUGCAGUUGUAGGAAGUAGAGGGUGAUGCAUUGCACUCCCCACGACUACCACCACCAAACCUGCACUGACCAGCGUGAUGAA